AUGCCUGUGGAGUUGGAGUACGAUUAUAAUGCUGCUACGAAAACAAUGGACACAUUUUCACAAGAUGACAUCGAUCUUUUACAAGAAUGGACUCAAAAAUUGGACAAAUCGAAAUAUGUGCCUAAAGAUUUAACAAAUAAACAACUUCUGCUCUUUUAUAAUGCUUGCUAUGGAAAUUUAGACAAAACUAAAACAUGUAUAGAAAAAUAUUAUUCAUUUAGAAAAAAUGCACCGGAAUUUUUUGACGGCCGCGUUAUAAAUUCCGAGGAAUUGAAGCCCAGCGUUGAAGCAUUAGAGUUCUCGUUCCUACCGGAGAAGUCUUGCGAGGGCUAUGACCUGAUCUACCACAGGCUGCACAACACGGAGCCCUCAAAGUACUGCUUCGAGUAUGGAGUCAAGAUGCUCUUCAUGACUGUUGACGCCUGCUUGGCGAAACGGGGUCCGCAGCCUGGCUACAUUUUCUUGUUCGACAUGCGCGGUGUCAAGCUGGGCCACAUAACGAGGGUCGGACUGUUGUCGCUGCGGAAAUUCUUCCAGUACGUGCAGGAGGCCCUGCCGGUCAGGAUGAAGGCGAUACACGUGUUCAACACCGAACCGGUGCUCGACAAGCUGAUGAUGCUCAUCAGGCCGUUCAUGGACAAGAAGUUCUUCGAUAUGCUCAAGUUCCACCACAAGAACGAGGACCUGCAGAAGUUCUACGAGACCGUGGUCCCGCGCUCCGCCCUCCCCCCCGACCAUGGCGGCACCCUGCCGGACACCCAGACCCUCCACAAGCGGUGCAUGCAGCAGCUCGAGGAGCUGCAGCCCUACUUCAGGGCUGAGGAGGAGCAGAGGCUGGCGGCGCUGCCCGACAAGAAGCGAGACCGCGCGAUGGAGAAGGCCUUCAAGAACCUGGACAUAGAC